AGACUCUGAGCAAGCCCAUUGCUGCUAGGCUGAAGAAAGAAGCUGGACUACACCCAAAAUUUCGUAAUCUCAUCAUCAGCAUGGCUCAGGUUUUGUUGUUAUUAUCUUUUAAAUUGGAGGGUGUCGUUCGAUUAUUCAUAUUUGAAAAUGGUUUGGUUGUUUGAUGGUUGUAUGGAUUCCAAAAUUGAAACGGAUGAUGCUUCAUUAGCAUAUGAUUAUUGCAGAAUCAAUGUACUGUUAUAUGUGUGGUUAAAUAUCGACGGUCAAUCAUGCCCAUUUUUGUUCCUUUCUGGUUAAAAAGCUUCCCUUUUGUUUGAUGCAUUCAAAAUUCACUUUUUCCCAAUAUUAUUGCUGACACUGUCUAUUAUGGGUGAAUAUAUUUUGUGCAUUGUGCUUUUAUUUCUUCUUCAGAUGUAGGUAUUUUCUCAUUUUGUUACUUGGAGCCUUUUCAAUUCUUCGUGUGCGGCUAAUGCCUGCUUAUGCAGUGAAAAAGAUCACAGUGGAAUGGGUGGUGGGAAGGGAUUGCUAAAACUUGGACAUAGAAAACAUAUAUCAUGCCUAUUGCUGUCAGCUGCUUUUUUCAGAUGAUAAUAGGGUGGAAUAUGGAGUGUAGAUUAUGUAUGUACUUGUGCCAUGUUAAGUUAAAAUUGCCAUCGAAACUUUCUGUGUAUUACUGUAUUUGUAAUACAUUAGCAAAUGGAGAUUAACCCCAAGGUGUUGUGGUCUAGUUAAAUCCUUUGUAACUAUAGAGAUUUAAAACCUACGUGUCAGUUGUUGGGAUAGGCAGGAUGGAGAGGGGUUUGGAGCAACUAUUUGUGGAUCAAAAGGUGGCAAUGGAAAGCAAAGGCACGAGGACAUUCGUUGAUCUUCAAUUCUACUAUUUACACAGUUUGUUAUCACCCACACAUGUGCAAUUCCUGAAGGCAAAUCAUAGGAUGACAACAACCGUGCAACGACGCAUAUAUGGUCAUGCUACUGAUGUUGAAAUUCGACCAUUGAAUGAAGAGAAAGCUGUUCAGGCUGCUGUGGACCUGCUAGGGGAAAUCUUCGUUUUCUCGGUACCGUUUCUUUCCAUCUUUAAUUCUCUGUAUUUGACUAGCUAUCUCUUUUCAGUGACUGUUUGAACUAGGUUUUAUAUAUGAGAUUUUUCUCUCUGAGGAAUGAAAUAAAUAAGUCGAUGAUAUCAUAACACGUGUAUGGAAAAAGAUACGUACCUUUUUUUUAUGUUGAUGGAAGACAAGACACCUAUUUUCUUUGUGUGUGGCUGUAGAAUUCCUUUACAGGGAAGUCGAAGUAGUGCCCAAUAUCCAGCUGCAUAAAAUAAUCAGUUCCAUAAACACUUGAAGCCAGGCUGCCAGAUUACACGCUUAGGCCUUUUUAUGCUGAUUUUUUCAAGAUUUUGUGAAAAGUGGGAAUGUGAGUUGAAAAUAGGGAAAAGUUAUGGGUCAACGUGCCAAAUUAUUUUAUUGAGAGCAUGUGCAAUUAAAAACGAGUUUUAUGGAAUCUAUACCAAACAUGGGCUUAAUGUUUUGUACAAAUGUUGCUCAUAUUGCACUUAGCAUUCUCGGGGUUUUAAUUCAGCCAUGGCAAGAGGACUCAUGUCAUAACUUUUGAAGUUCUUUUCUACUGAUGCCCUUUUUCAUUGAAUUUGUGCUUGAUUUAAUUCCCAAUCCUCAUAUAUAUUAUAUAUUUUGUCUAUUAAUAAAACGGCAUACCAUUUUAUCUCAUAUUCUGAUACUAUCUCUGUAUCGAGUCUGUUGACCCAAGAUGGGAAUUUACAAAUAAGCAGGGAUUCAAUGACUGCUGUAAUUUUCAGACGGGCAAAGACCUUCCAAAUUCUAUUAGCCUGUUUUGCAACACUUCCAAACUCUUCCAAUGGCCUAUGAAAACAAAUCGUCAAGGAACUCCCUAGUCAGCUUGUCCUCUGGCAACAUAAAGAUGCAACCCUUUCCCCAUUUAUGAUUUCACAGCUAACAUCAAAGGCAAUGAAGGUCUUCCUGCUGCCUAUUGAUGUGAUUUUGUCCUAGAGAUUGACAUCAAUGAGGAUUUCUGUCACACGAGUUAUUUUUGAAGAAACAUAAUGCAAGUGGGCAAUACCUAUAUACAUAUCAAUGCAAUUUUGAUAAGCUGUAAUUAUUCUAGAUCAGAAAAGGAAAAGAAAACGUGCAACAUUAGUUGGAAUAGAUGUUUCUGAUUAAGGAAGUUGGAAUGGGCCAAAUUCAUGCCCAGACAUUAAGGUUAAAAAAAA